UUCUUUGAUUUUUGAAUAAAGUAUACUCUUUUGAUCCCCCCUUUGCUGAGUUUGAUGGUGCCCUCAACGACCCUUCUCUAGAUUUCAUCGAUUUCUCAUCUACCAACCUUCCAAGAUAUUCGAAUACCCGAAUUUAGAAGUUUUUUUUGAAACAUUUUUAUCGAACAAUGGCUCCUUCAACGGUCGAAGGGACUUCGAAUGGUUCUGUGAAGGCAAAGGAGGAAGAAGGAAGCACACAACCUUCUUUGUUUGAAAUCGAUGAUUCUGAUCUCACAAGAUUGCUAGAAAAACCGCGGCCGGUUAACAUAGAGCGGAAAAGAUCGUUUGAUGAGAGGUCAUUUAGUGAGAUGUCGAUCACCAUGUCACCACCACGCAAUCUUUAUCGAAUGAGCGAUAACUCUUCACGUGGUGGUGGUUUUGAUAAUCUUGAUUGUAUGUAUUCCCCCGGGAGAUGGACUGGAACUCCGAGAAGUGGCUACUUUGAGCCUCACCCGAUUGUAGGAGAUGCUUGGGAGGCUUUGAGACGAUCAAUGGUCAACUUUCGUGGUCUACCCGUUGGGACUAUUGCUGCAAUCGACAAUUCUUCAGAGGAACUUAACUAUGAUCAGGUUUUUGUAAGAGACUUUGUGCCUAGCGCAUUGGCCUUCUUGAUGAACGGAGAGCCUGAAAUCGUAAAAAACUUUCUUUUGAAAACGGUUUUCCUCCAAUCGCGGGAAAAGAAGAUAGACAAUUUCAAGUUGGGUGAAGGGGUAAUGCCCGCAAGUUUUAAAGUGCUUCACGACCCCGUUAGGAACUUGGAUACCAUAUUGGCGGAUUAUGGUGAAAGUGCCAUAGGGCGAGUGGCUCCCGUUGAUUCGGGUUUCUGGUGGAUUAUAUUGCUUCGUGCCUAUACGAAAUCUACUGGUGACACCUCUCUAGCUGAGAUGCCCGAAUGCCAAAGGGGUAUUCGGCUUAUUAUGACUCUUUGCCUUUCUGAAGGGUUCGAUACUUUCCCUACUUUGCUAUGCGCUGACGGAUGCUGUAUGAUUGAUCGUAGAAUGGGUGUUUAUGGGUACCCAAUCGAGAUACAAGCAUUGUUCUUCAUGGCUCUAAGAUGCGCUUUGCUUCUUCUUAAGCGCGAUUGUGAAGGUAACGAUUGCAUUGACCGAAUAGUCAAACGCCUUCACGCUCUAAGCUUUCACAUGAGAAGCUAUUUUUGGCUCGACAUAAAGCAGCUGAACGACAUAUAUCGCUACAAAACGGAGGAAUACUCGCACACUGCGGUAAACAAGUUUAAUGUCAUCCCUGACUCGCUUCCCGAUUGGGUUUUCGAUUUCAUGCCGACCCGAGGCGGUUACUUUAUCGGAAACGUGAGUCCUGCCAAAAUGGAUUUCCGAUGGUUUUGCUUGGGUAAUUGUGUGGCUAUUUUGUCGUCUUUAGCGACCCCGGAGCAGAGUUCUGCUAUAAUGGACCUCAUUGAAUCACGUUGGCAAGAACUUGUCGGAGAAAUGCCGCUAAAGAUUUGUUAUCCGGCGAUGGAAAGUCACGAAUGGAGAAUUGUGACCGGAUGUGAUCCGAAAAACACGAGCUGGAGCUAUCACAAUGGCGGAUCAUGGCCAGUUCUCAUAUGGCUUCUCACAGCAGCGUGUAUCAAGGCAGGACGACCCCAGAUCGCAAAACGUGCCAUCGAGUUAGCCGAAAGCCGAUUGUUGAUGGACCAGUGGCCGGAAUAUUAUGACGGAAAGCUCGGGCGUUUUGUCGGUAAGCAAGCUCGAAAGAACCAGACUUGGUCUAUAGCAGGUUAUUUGGUGGCUAAAAUGAUGCUGGAAGAUCCGUCUCAUUUGGGUAUGAUAUCACUUGAGGAAGACAAACAGAUGAAGCCUCAAAUGAAAAGGUCUGCUUCAUGGGUUUGUUGACUAUUUCAAUACAUAAUAUUUUUCGGUUUUCGGCUUUUUUCCUGUUUUCCGUUUUUAAUACUCGUUUUUGUAUAAUACACCGGUGCCCAUAAAUUCGGGUUUCGUUGACGCUUGGGACAAGUUGAUGAAAUUUUGCAAGCGAUUUGAUAAUGUACGGUUUGAAUCGUUGUUUUCCGUUGGUC